AUGCCAAUUUCUACAAAUAUUAUAAUGGAUAUUAAUAACCUUUAUAAAGACACAUACAGUACUUCCCUUUCUAAGAGUCAAGAUAUUUCUGAUAACAACGCAGUUGCAAAUAUUGCUACUACAAGUAGUAACACUAUAUCUGGCAUUUCUAUUAUUUUGGAUAAAGGAAAAUCCAAACCUG